CCUCCUCUUCCCAACCGAGAUUCCUUCAAUCUCAACCGCUCGCCACCGCAAUAAUCACCCCACUCUCAUCUCAGAACGAUAACAGGAUUGCAGGAAUUAUUUACAACGCACAGCAACGGAAGAGUUCGAGAAGGGAGAAGAAAGGAUCAAGCGAGAUCAAAGCGGAAAUACGCGGUACCUGAUAGACUGGUACCCUUAGUUGCUUAAGUUCUUUGAACUUGCUUUGCUUUGCUAUUUAGCAACUUGCUUGAGGUAUAAUUCCUUUUUCUUCAUGUAGUCUGGAAGACCUGGCCUGUUACUUGGCCAGGCAACUGUCUGAAGUCCUCCUUAAGAGGCAAUGCUUGUGUAUGCUUAAUUUGUCCCUGUACAUAUUGAAAGUCCUUCAAAAAAGGCAAUUGGUGGAAGGUAGGGAUAUGCAAUCUAUCCCCCACUACUCUUGUUGUGUCAUCCCUCUGCUCACACUGCCGUGUGUUGAUGCAUUGGGAUACAAACCCAAGAUCUUGUACAAAGUGUACAGUGUCAGAGUCUUCGAGUAUAGAAGGGUUCCCACUUUCUGGACCCAUGCUCAUUUGUCUAUUAGCUCUCCCUGGCCAGGGAUAAGAGCUGUGAGGUCUCACCCUCAUUUCAUCCUUUCAUCUGCUUCACCUUAGCCUCUCAAUGGCAAGGUUAAGAGCACCCUGACCCUAUUCCAGUUGGCCUAGUGCCUAACCUUUGUUUGAGCCUCUUGUAUGCAUAUAGAGUGUGCUUCCUGUGAUUGUUUGUUUGCUUUGCCUCUUUAGGUUUAGCUUGGACUUGCCCUCGUGCAAGAUAGGUUGUGCCUGACUUGCUUCCUGUGCAAGUCAGGUUUGUGUGGCUUACUUCCUGUGUGAGCCAUGCUUAGGGUUGUUUGGCCGAACUACGGCAACUCUGAUUCUCACGUUCAGGUGAGAUACGUAGGCACGAGAUGCGAUGUCUUGUCGAGUUUGACUAACAACUAAUCCGUGCUUGUUUUCGCCCUCGUUGCGAUCCUUUCUCUCGCCCUCGUUGCGAUCGAGACCUUCCCUUUCUCUCGCCCUCGUUGCGAUCGAGUCUUUUUUCCCUGCCGGCCGAACUACGGCAACUCUGAUUCUCACGUUCAGGUGAGAUACGUAGGCACGAGACGCGAUGUCUUGCCGAGUUUUGACUAACCACUAACAGCUAAUUUCUUUUCUCUCACCCCUGUUGUGAUUGAGAUAUCCCUCUUCUCUUGCCCUAGUUGCAAUCGAGACUUUGCUUUUUCCCGUGUCUAAGAUAGGUUGGCCCUUGUGUCAUUUAGCUAGAAACCUUAACUUAGGGUUGACUUUGCAUGACAACAUCUAGGCUCGAGUCGUAGUCUCCCUAGUGUUGUGUCUCCCUCUGUUAUCUGGUUAGGCUAGAUCCUUUGUCCCUGCGUAGGGGAACUACAUCGCCCUGAUCUUCACACCAGAUGAAGUAUGUAGGCAGGAGAUUGAGCUGAUCUCUCCGGGCGCCCUUUCUUUUCUUUUGUGUUUGUUUGACAGUUGUAGGCUGAGUCCCAGACUCCCUAUCUAUCUGUUGUGUUGUUUAGGUUCGGAUGCUGAUGUAAGUCCAGUGAUUGGCAUUCAGGCUCCACGUUUGCCUCUUUUGCGUGUCGUUUAGGUUCGGAUGCUGACAUAAGUCCAGUGAUUGGCAGUCGGGCUCCACGUUUGCCUGUGUCUUGUUUGUUUGUGUGCGUGUCAGCCGAGCUACGAAUGCUCUGAUUCUUCUCUCGUCCGAGAAGAUACGUAUGCAUAGGAUGCGACAUCCUAGCGAGCAUGUGUCGUCUCCCCAGUCCGAACUACUUCGACUCUGAUGUCUAUGCCUGAUAGACUAAGUAGGCCCAGGAUGCGAUAUCCUGCCGAGUCAGUUUCAGUCAGUUUCUUUUGUCUCUUUUCAGCCAGUGUGCGUGUGUUUGAGCAGUGUUUAGCAACCAUUUUCCUUCCUUCUGUGCGUGGAUCCCGUAGAGUACUACGGAUGCGUAGGGUGCCUAACACCUUCCCUUCGCAUAACCGACUCCCGAACCCAUCCUCUUUGGUCGCGAGACCAUGUUCUUUUCCUAGGUUUACUCUGAGCGUUUCCUUUCCCUCUUUUGGGAUAAAUAACGCACGGUGGCGGCUCUGUUGUUUCUUUCUUUUCCCGCCGGUUUUUCGCGCGAUGCGACAGCUGGCGACUCUGCUGGGGACGUAGAGAAGUUGACCUGUGCUGGUCCAUCUUCCCUGAGCGAGUCUCUCCUAGCGCUCUCUAGGUUAGGGCUUUGGUUGCUUUGUGCUGCUUUAUUUAUUGCUUUCAUUUGUAUAUAUUUGCAUUUACUGUUUGCAUUUAUUGUUUGCAUUAAUGUUUGCAUUCAUUCAUAUCCAUCUGCUGGUUGUCUGUUUGUUGGGAUGGGAUAUUUUGUGAGAAAUAAGCCCACUACCCAGGCUUGAGUGUACACAUAGGUGCUAGAGUGGAUAGUCAUGAGGCUUGCGUGGCAUGUUGCUACGUUAAGUCGUUCAUGAGACCCACAUUCCAGACGAGGUUUCUGUUGGAUAUAUUUUGUCCUAUGGGUGUUCCAUAACGACGAAUAUUCCUUUAGAAAUCGUCGACUCUGAUGACCAUUUCCCGAGAACUCAGUCGAGGCCUCUCCUCCGAGACGUGAUUAUGUUAGCUCUGGUGGGCGCAUUCUCGCUGCUCAAUCCGAGGACCCCGAGACUGGGAACUUGCUCUAGGAUAUCCUGUUGAGGGGAGUCAGCAGAGGUCUUUUAUCCCGUAAUAAUGUCAAACCUUCAGUGGUAAACGUAUUAUUCUCGACUGAAGGGCUGAAACUGACAAACUUCUGUUCUUAGAACCUACCAGUGAGGGGAGGGUUUGAUCUCUACAGGUACAGUUUCUGCCAGUAAUGCCGUGUUGAUGAUCUUGAGUCGGAUUUAUGGAUCGUUAUUUCUGGACGCCGGAGGUUUGACCCUGGUUUUGAUCAGAGGGUUCCAUUUAUUUCGGAUCCCUGGGCUGAAUUUGAGGGUACUCGCUCAGAUGGUGACUCAGUUCUCCAGACAUGGGUUCAGAUGCCAGUUGAUCAGAUUGACUUUGGGUUUCAGAUGGUUGUGAUCAGAGUUCAAGCCGAAGUUCUGACCCUGUGCCUUGAGACGCACAGCUUGACCAGUCAUGUUCGCAUCAUUUGCAUCAUAGCAUGUUUAUUUUCCAAAAAAAUAGUAAUGCAUGAAAAUGAAAAAAAGUUAACUCGCAUACACAUAUCCUUUUCAGGAUCAUUCAUGAUAAAAUAGCAUCCGCAUCAUACACGUAUCAUGCACAUAUCAUCCUUGCAUUGCAGACAUGUUUGGGGACAAGACUUCUCACUCCGGUUCCUUUGUUGAGACAGGAUAACUGAUCGAAGACCACACCGGUAUUCAACCAGGCUCAAUCAACAGAGAGGUAUGGAUCAGGUUCAGACAGAGCUGGCCGAGAUGAGGGCAAACAUGGCCCAGUUCAUGACAAUGAUGCAAGGGGUCGUUCAGGGGCAAGAGGAGCUGCGUGCCUUAGCCCAGAGACAGGAAGUUGUGAUUCCAACAUCCAACCGUGCUUCGCCUGUUGCUGCACCCGCUCAUGGGACUAUCCAUGUUGCUGCUCCCACUAACGACUACGCCGUCGGGGAUGAACUUGAGGGUAUAAGAAUCAAUGGACAGCCUCUUGCUGCAGAGGUCAAUGUCAGAGCUACCCGGGCUCCGAUUCGUCAUCCAGCUCCAUUUGUCAACCAACAAGAGGAUACGUUUACUCUCCUCAGUGAGGACUAUGAUGUUGUGAAAACCGAAGAGAGGGACAGAAAAGUGGAUGCUCUUGCUGAGAAAGUCCGAGCCAUGGAAUGUCAGAACUCCCUUGGGUUUGAUGUGACCGACAUGGGUCUGGUGGAAGGGUUGAAGAUCCCCUACAAAUUCAAGGCACCCUCAUUCGACAAGUACAAUGGCACUUCCUGUCCUCGCACCCAUGUGCAGGCGUACUUCAGGAAGAUCUCUGCUUACACUGACGAUGAAAAGAUGUGGAUGUACUUUUUCCAAGAUAGUCUAUCUGGGGCAUCUUUGGAUUGGUACAUGGAUCUGAAGCGAGAAUCAGUCAGAAGCUGGAAAGAUUUGGGUGAGGCCUUCCUAAGGCAAUACAAGCAUAAUAUGGACAUGGCGCCGAGCCGAACUCAGUUACAGAGCUUGUAUCAGAAAGACAAGGAGAGUUUCAAAGAGUAUGCUCAGAGAUGGCGUGAGCUAGCCGCCAGAGUGCAACCUCCUAUGCUGGAGAGAGAGCUGACUGACAUGUUCAUUGGGACCUUGCAAGGAGUGUUCAUGGAUCGUUUGGGAAGUUGCCCGUUCAGUAGCUUUUCAGAUGUUGUCGUCUGUGGAGAACGAACUGAGAGCCUUAUCAAAGCAGGAAGGAUACAAGAUCCGGGCUCUUCAAACUCUUCAAGUUCUAAGAAGCUAUACUCUGGGGCACCCAAAAGGGGAGAGAAUGAAACGAAUGCUGUGCACCGUCGAAGGAGUGCAAAUAGAGGACCAUAUCGGCAAGUUGCUGCUGUGACUAUUCCAGCAACUCAAACUCAACAACAGCCGAGAAGACCAACUCAGCAGUAUCAGACUCCACAACCUCGUCCUCAGCAACAGGCUCUCCAGCCUCCAAUGGAUAAUCAAGCUGGUACAAGUAAUGAGAGGAAGAAGAUCAUUUUUGAUCCAAUCCCCAUGUCCUACGCCGAACUGUAUCCCACUCUGAUAGAGCGGAACUUGAUCACUCCCAGAGACCCGCCUCCCAUACCCGACAACCCUCGGUGGUGGUAUAGGCCUGAGCAGCAGUGUGUGUAUCAUUCGGGUGCUCCUGGUCAUGAUGUGGACAGUUGCUUUCAGCUGAAGAUGAAGGUUCAAGAUCUGGUGAGGUCAGGUAUUCUUAUCCUGGAGGACUUAGGUCCCAGUGCUAAUCAAGCUUGAAGAUAACAAGUCCCGGGCUGUCGGUGUUUGUUCUUCUGAGGUUUUCAAGAGGGUUGUUCAAAAUCAGAAGCUGCCGAUGCAAAAGAUAUUGACAGUUGUCAUCCCUGGUGGGAUCUAUCGCAAUUGGGUCACUGUGGGCGUUCCUACAGUUGUUUUUACGUCAGAGUCUUUUCACUUUGUUUAAAAAGCCCUUCUCCCAUGCCAAAAGGAGAAGUGAUGGCAUUGUUGGCAACAUUUUGUGCAAUGAUAUUUUCAUUCAAAUAAAUUCAUGUCAAACAUUUGUUUUUCCAAUUGUUUUCUCUUUUCGCUUUUUGCUUGAAAUUGGUGAUCACGAAAAAACCUUAAAAAACAAGAAUAAAAGCAAUCUUUUCAUCUGCAUAACGAUUGUCUUGUUUGAUUUUCAAAGUGCCUUUUUAUACUCAAAAUCAUUAUGCAGGUUGUUUCUUAAACCCAUUGAACAUAGUGAUCGGACGUCAUCUCCCAAUUUUGAAUUCCCUGUAUUCGAAGCGGACGAAGAUGAUGUUGAAGGGAUUCCCGACGAGAUUUCCCGACUUCUUGAGCAAGAAAAGAAGAUCACUCAGCUGCAUCUCAAGAAUCAGCAGAACAGCCAACUGGGGCAUCAAAAAAGAAAGUAAAAAAAAAAGAAAAGAGAGGGUGCAAAAUCGAAAGAAAUCAAAAAAAAAGAAAUCAAUCAAAUCAAAAAAAAUCAAAAGAAAGAAAAACAAAAAAAAUAGCACCCUCAAAGUCCCAAGUUGGCUGAUGCUGAAUUCAAUCGAAAGGAAGAGAUCAACUGCCAUGUGUCAUGGUCAGUCAUAUCAGCAGAGAGUGAAAAAGCAUUCGACAAGAAGAUCAAGCCUCGUGUGUUCCGAGGAACCUUGUGCUCAAGAAAGUCUUGUCUUUCGUGCCCAAUUCCAGGGGCAAGUGAACUCCAAGCUAAGAACGUCCAUACGUUUUCAAAAGAGCCUCUUCAGGCAGUGUUCGACACUUACAACAAUGGAUAAAGAAGUUCACUCGUCCUGUGAAUUCUUAAUGCAGUCAAGAAAUACUUCGCCUAAAUAAAAGCAGAAUAGCUCGCUAAGUCGAACACCCCAAAGGGCGACUUAGGCAAAAAGGAGCGUCUCGGUGGAUUGAAAACCCGAAAGGGCGAUCCAGGCAAAAGUUAGAGACAUUGAAAAAAAAAAAAAAAGAAUUUGCAUCCCGCUAGAUUGAACACCUCACACUGGGGCAAUCUAGGCAAAAAUUAGGGAUUUGGCAAGUAACUGCAUCUUGACAAGACUGUGCUGUACAUCUGUCAUCCGUCAGGGAUUCUCGAUCCGUCGUCGACUGAAGCUCUGAAUACAUCGAAAAUUCAGAAUGGUAGAGGAAAGGUCAUUAUGUUCAAUGUAGCCCUCUCCAAUAUAUAUCACCGAUUUCAAACUUGUACAGAUCUAUGGAGUCUCGCCCUUGGCAGACUACCAUUCCAUCACAUCAAUUUGAGCUUUUAGCCAAUUGUUUGCACUCUUAUUUGUUUUAACUCAACAAAUGUUUUGCAUGUUUUAAAUGAUAAAGUAUCAUUGUUUUCCAAAAUAAACAAAUUUUUCAAAAAAAUUGUUCUUAAACAAAGUGAACAUUCCCGAUGACGGAAGGAUACUUAGGAGACCCGCAAGUGCUCUCCCGAGGGUGGUAUGAUUACCAACAGGUAAGACAAUUGUUCGUAUCUCGAGCAUAACUGUAUCUUUGUCCUGCAGAACCUCGUAUGGUCUCUCCUCAGUGAAGUUACCCAAUGCAGUGUUGUUUGAAGUUGUUCAUCUUCGUGUUCCCGGCAGUGCAACAUUUUUCUCCAAGUCUCUGUUAGCCCUACGGUGGGGCAUCCCUAAUAGAGUGCUGUUUGAACCCUAUCGUGGGGCAUCCCCAGCAAGUUUGCUGUUUCGGACGUUAUUGUGGGGCAGCUCCCCUAGCAGAGUGUUUACUGAAGACUUCAAUUUUCGCCUCUCCAGCAGGCCAGUCUUCCUCUCCACCAGCAUGGGUGUUUUUCUUUGAAGAUUCAGUAUUUGGUGGAUCGACAUCCCCGUAAUCCGGCAUUCCCUCAGAUGGAUCCCUCAGUGGAGUUGUUUGCACAAGGAGCUUUGUCAUUGCCUUUGUAUCCUCAUCAGAAAUUUGGUUGCUUCUUGGUACCUCUGAUUUUCAUCACAAGUUGUUGUGGCGCGUCCGCUUGUAUGUUGAACUCUUUUCUCCGGUGGUGACCGACGAUCCCUCCGGAAGCCUCUUGUGGCUCUUCCUCCCCUGCAGGAUGAGGACUUUGGUUUUCUCCCCGGAGGGUUGAUUCCCGGACCUGUGUGUUGAGCAUGUCUGUUUGUCAACAUUCAUCAUACAUUUUAGGUAGAAUGCAUACAUGCAUAAUCAUAACAUUCAGGUACUCAUGUUGCAGCUGUUGCCGGGUAUCUGUUGAUUGUUGCCUUCUGCUAUUUGGUAAUACAGAUCUCUCAAGUAGAUUUUCCUAGCAGAUAUGGGUGUGUCCGAUCUCUCCAUGUAGAGUCUACCCCUUAAGCAGAAAGUGUCAAUCUUUUCCUGCUAUUUCCCCACUGAGAUACAUCCUCGUGGAUGACGGUUGCUUCCGUUCCCUCCCUAAUGGGAUGGGUUUUCCCUAUUGAGUUCUUUCCUCAUUAGGAUGAGUCUUGUUUCAGUCUGCCUUUUUGGAUCGACCCUAAACUGGCUCCCCGUCGACUGUCUCUUGUGAUUCCCUGGGGCAUAAAUGAAUAGUUGCUCACUAACCGGCACUCAUUCAUCUUAUCCUCAGCGGAAUUUGUGGGCCUCUACCUACAAACCGGUAGUUGUAAGUCCUAUCUUUACGGUCUUCUACCCACUAGCUGGUAGCUGUAAAUCCUUUUCUCACUCUGUCUCUUAGCAGAUCGUUUAUUGGCUUCUACCUACAAACCGGUAGGUGUAAGUCCUAUCUUUGUGGUUUUCUACCCACUAGCUGGUAGUUGUAAAAUCCCACAUUCCUCCCCUUGUCGGAGUUAACCCUUUGUGCUCAUCCCGAUGAUGACUGGUUACUUUUCCGUGGUUUUCUGCCUAUAAACCGGUAGAUGUAAUCCCCUCUUUGUGGUAUUAAUGGUCUUGUCCCCUUUGGAUACUUGCCUUGAUCAAGCAGUAUUGUCCCCAUUGGGUCUUCACCUUCUUUUUGGAUAUUUGCUCCGAGUAAGCAACUUUAUCCUCUUUGGAUUGGUCAUCUUUGCAUACCUAGUCCUGGUACCGAUGCCUUUCCUUUCGGUCGUUUAUCCAUCUAACAACCUACCAACCGGUUAUGGAUAAUCUUCCAUGCGAGUUUAUUAUCUACGUUCCGACGGCUAUAGAUAAUAUGUCUCAUGCGCUCUUUGGUCAAUCUUUCGAUUGUUAUCACCAGUAGAGUAAGAUUCGUAUUCCCUGUGGAAUCGGAUGUUCAUCCUUUAACAAGUUUGCCUUUGCUCUCUUCAGGAUGUUUUCGGUCGUUUAUCCAUCUAACAACCUACCAACCGGUUAUGGAUAAUCUUCCAUGCGAGUUUAUUAUCUACGUUCCGACGGCUAUAGAUAAUAUGUCUCAUGCGCUCUUUGGUCAAUCUUUCGAUUGUUAUCACCAGUAGAGUAAGAUUCGUAUUCCCUGUGGAAUCGGAUGUUCAUCCUUUAACAAGUUUGCCUUUGCUCUCUUCAGGAUGUUUUCGGUCGUUUAUCCAUCUAACAACCUACCAACCGGUUAUGGAUAAUCUUCCAUGCGAGUUUAUUAUCUACGUUCCGACGGCUAUAGAUAAUAUGUCUCAUGCGCUCUUUGGUCAAUCUUUCGAUUGUUAUCACCAGUAGAGUAAGAUUCGUAUUCCCUGUGGAAUCGGAUGUUCAUCCUUUAACAAGUUUGCCUUUGCUCUCUUCAGGAUGUUUUCGGUCGUUUAUCCAUCUAACAACCUACCAACCGGUUAUGGAUAAUCUUCCAUGCGAGUUUAUUAUCUACGUUCCGACGGCUAUAGAUAAUAUGUCUCAUGCGCUCUUUGGUCAAUCUUUCGAUUGUUAUCACCAGUAGAGUAAGAUUCGUAUUCCCUGUGGAAUCGGAUGUUCAUCCUUUAACAAGUUUGCCUUUGCUCUCUUCAGGAUGUUUUCGGUCGUUUAUCCAUCUAACAACCUACCAACCGGUUAUGGAUAAUCUUCCAUGCGAGUUUAUUAUCUACGUUCUGACGGCUAUAGAUAAUAUGUCUCAUGCGCUCUUGGGUCGAAGUCGUCCUCCCCAGUCGAGUAAGAUUCGUAUUUCUUGUGGAAUCGAAUGUCCAUCCUUUAACAAGACUGCUUUUCUAGUCCUCCUCAGGAUGUUGAGUGUUUUGGAACACAAACCAAUUCACGCUUUGGCACUCAGGCCAACUUUGCCGGUAUUCAGACCGAAGAAGUUUCCGACGAUCAGGUCGAUGUACUUAUGACGCUCAGGCAUUGGUUAUCCCUGUGUUACCAUUUAUUUUGGUAUCCAGGUCGACGUUUCUGUUUCGGUAUUCAGGCCGAUUUCUUUUUUCCGUUCCAGACGGAUUUUUCUCUCAAGACUGUUUCUUUGCCGAUCCUGACAGGCAUUCUUGUAUCAUAUCCAGUCGGUGCAAAUUUCUACGGUUCUUUUGUAUUCAAUCCCUGUUUACCCUGAAAGUCUGACAGUCGUUGCUCUCAUCCUUCGGGUUCCCAGUUGAUUGAAUAGGGGCAGCUGUAGCACCUCAAAUUUGCACCUCCCAUUUGUACAUUCAUUUCAAUUUUUAGGUCAUUAACAUUGCAUUCACAUUGCAUAGUCCAUUGCAUUGCAUCAGUCAGGACUGGCAUCAGGAGAAGUCAACUGUGCGAGAGAUCAAGUUUUUCCAUGAGACAAAGGCCCUAUGGGUGUUCCAAUGAGCUUAUGUGAACCCAAGGUUCAUUUUGAUGCAAUUUGGCCAAUUGUUGAAAGCUCAAAGUACACAGUGCGGUUUCAGGUCAUCUGGGCCCCAUAAAAGUCAACUGCAAAGUCAAGUGAGGGCUGAGAGGUGGAUAGAUGGUUUGAGACACUUCCUUCAUGUCCCAAAGAAGGUCAUUUGUCAUUACAAACACUUGUGUGGAAGAAGAAAUCAUUUCGUUCUUUUCUCGAAUUAAUCUUGGAAAGUCAAAUUGGGUUGGAUGAUCCUGGUUGAUUACUGAAAAGUUGAUUUGGUUGUGGAAAUUUAAUCGUGGUUGCAUUGAGCCCAUUCAUUUCUUUUUGUUAAGCCCAUAAUUUUAGCCCAUUAACCAUUUUCCAAAUUUAUCCAUUUUCUAAACAUCCAUUCAAUAUCCACAUUUGUCCAUAUUUCAUCUUGAUAGACCAUUUUCAAUAGCCCAUUAACCAUUUUCCAAAUAAUUCCAUUUUAUUAUCCAAAUCAUAAUCCAUAAUCCAUUUAGUUUGAUUUUAACACAAUCCAAUUUAACCAUGAUCCAUUUUGUUUAUAUAUCCAUUUAACCAUUUGAUUGUUUUAACCAAUUGUCCAACUUUUUUUUGAAUCCAUAAACCACAUAAACCAAAAUCUUAUCCAAUUUGACUUUUCCAAUCCAAUUUCAUUUCAUUGAUUAAUAUCCCCAAUUUAUCCAUGUUAACCCAUAUCCAUUUCCUUUAUCUCACAAAAUCCAAUUAAUCCAUGUUAACCCAUAUCCAUUUCUUUUAUCUCACAAAAUCCAAUUAAUCCAUAUUAAACAAGUUAUCCAUCUCUUUUAUCUCACCAUCUCUUUUAUCCUUUUUUCUAAUAAAACAAAAAGAACCAAGCUGUAGCUACAAUGAAAACAAAUGUGAGUCACGCGAGCUGCAAGCAAAAUUGAAAACGCACAGCAAAAGAAGGUGGUAGCUCAUUCACAAACCGACAAAACAACACAGUACAACACAGCAGCUGCAUAGCCAUAACCGCACAACAAAUUCUGCACAAAAAAGAAAAACUCACAAUCCAGUAACAAUUCUAACAAACUUUUCCAGAUUUUUCUCCAACCGUAACCUCCAUCACCAUUCAACCAAUUCUUCUUCUCUAAACACAACCUGCAUAAUAACCAAUCCAUAACAGAAAAAUCAGUAUCAUCACCCUAUAAAAUCAAUCUUCUUCCCAUCUUCCAGCUCGCUCUCGAAUCCUCAUCGCACCUCUAAACAACCUUCACCAAAUAUUCAACAAC